AUGCUCAAGCCUCCUCCGAUAAGGCCCUGGACUUGCGCCGAGUGUCUCCGACAUGGACAUCGUCGUCGCCUAGCCACCGCUGCUACCUCCGCGACCGCCACUGCGACCUCUUCCGCCCCGCCGCCGCUUGUCUCGCACCAAGACCCGAACCUGUCGCACCAAGAUACCACACUACGUCAGAUCUUCGACUCACAGCCCUUCUGGAAGGAGUUUUCUACCAAACAACACCAUCCAAGCCGGAAGCCUGUAGGACUUUUCCAAAACCGCUACCUCACCAGACCAGAAGGCUUUGAGCACUUUGCCUCGAUCACUCUAGCAAAAUGUAAACGCAUAGUCACAAAGGUACUGGCCUAUGAUACCCCGGAACAGUACAAGAGCAUUGCGAAAGAUUUGGAUAGACUGAGUGACUUGCUAUGUCGUGUCAUCGACCUUUGCGACUUUGUCCGCUCUACCCACCCGGAUCGCAACAUACAGGCUGCCGCUACUCAGGCCUACGCCCAGAUGUUUGAGUACAUGAAUGUGCUGAAUACAACUACUGGUCUGAACGACCAAUUGAAGACUGCUCUUUCUCUCCCCGAGGUCGUUGCAUCCUGGAGCGAGGAGGAAGUGACCGUCGCAAACAUCCUGGCCAGAGACUUUGCCAAGUCCGCCAUUGAUCUUUCUGAGACCGAUCGCCAGACUUUUGUCGACCUCUCAAAUGAUAUUGCUGAGAUUGGUCCAGAGUUUGUGGAUCAGAUGGUAGCGAAAACACCACUUCUCAAACUUCCUAGUAGCAAGUUGAAGGGAAUGGACCCUUUGGUCGUGCGUCAAUUGACUCGCUGGGGAAGUGUUUCCCUUCCUGCCAUUGGUAUGCCUGCUUCUUUGGCUCUGCGUACUGUAGAAGAUGCAGACACACGCCGAGAAAUCUACAUGGCGAAUCGCACAUCGGCCAGAGCAAAUAUCGAGCGUUUGGAACAUUUACUGCAUAAACGUGCCGAGCUAGCUCGCUUAUCUGGUCAUGAUUCAUUUGCUCAUAUGGCCCUUUCCGACAAAAUGGCGAAGAGCCCAGAAGCCGUGGUGAAAUUCUUGGACGCGCUGGCCGCUGACAAUGCUCCAAGGGUUCAGUCAGAGGUUCAUGAGCUCCUGGAGAUGAAGAAAGCAGAUGCGCGCAGUGGCAACUUUCCUGGCCAACUCAAUGCUUGGGACAGAGACUACUACCAGCAUCAGCUUCUGUCUUCGAUGAGGUCUAGAGCCCGUACUCCAGAUGUGCUCUCGGCUUACUUUUCGCUCGGUACGGUGAUGCAAGGGUUAUCCCGUCUCUUUCAUCGUCUUUAUGGCAUCCGUUUGGUGCCAAAGGAAGCUGCUCCCGGAGAGACUUGGAACAACGAUGUCCGUCGCCUUGAUGUAAUCGAUGAUCGUGAAGGUCAUGUUGCUGUAAUCUACUGCGAUUUGUUCGAGCGUGCUGGAAAAUCACCCAACCCAGCACAUUUCACCCUCCGCUGCAGUCGCCGCAUCCUUCCCGACGAACUAGAAGAAGCAGAAGCCCUCAGAAAUGCAACAGGGGGUCUCUUCGACACCGCCCAAGAAGCCGCAACAGACGGCCUCGCAGUCAACAAGUCCCUCCGCGAUAACAACGAAUUAUACCAACUUCCCACCAUUGCCUUGAUCUGCGAUUUCGCCAUUCCCCAAGGUAAUGCUACAAAACGACCCGCUCUUCUCACAUUCAGAGAAGUUCAAACGCUUUUCCAUGAAAUGGGUCAUGCUCUCCACUCCAUCUGUGGUAGAACUGCUCUACAAAAUGUAAGCGGCACACGCUGCGCCACCGAUUUCGCAGAACUGCCUUCUGUACUCAUGGAACACUUUGCUUCUGCCCCCGAGGUUUUGGCGUUAUAUGCCAGGCAUUGGGAGACCGAUAAACCAUUGGAUGCAAGUCGAGUUGCCGAACGAGUAAACCUCGAUACAAGAAGUCAAGGUACAGAGACGGAAGCACAGAUUUUAUUGGCGAUGCUGGAUCAGAGUUAUCAUUCCAAGCUUCCGCUGUCGAGUGGCUUUGACUCUACAAGAACAUAUCAUGAUGUUUGGGGGAAAUAUUCCUCUCUUCCUGAGCCGGCGGGAACGUCAUGGCAAGGCUUCUUUGGCCAUUUGUUUGGUUAUGGAGCGACUUAUUAUUCAUAUCUUUUUGAUCGAGCGAUUGCGGGGAAGAUAUGGAAGGAUGUGUUUAAGAGGGGUGAGAUGGGUGCUGUGGAUCCAGAGGCGGGUCACAGGUUUAGGGAUGAGGUGUUGAGGCAUGGUGGUGGUAGGGAUGGAUGGCAUUGUGUUGCUGGGGUGUUGAGGGAUGAGACGGGGUUGCUUGCUGAAGGUGGUGGCGAGGCCAUGGGAAUGGUUGGGCAGUGGGGUGUCAAGGAUUAG